AGAUUCUGGCCAAGGGAAGAUCGAAGUCGCCGGCUUCAAAGAUAUUUCUAUGCGUCUCUUUCUAGAUUCUCUUUCUAUGUGAUGCUGGGAGUAAUAAAGGUGAGGUAUUUUAGGUACUUCACUUAAACGGGGCUUAUGCAGGCAGGGUUUGACGCGGAGUGAGCCUAAACUGGUAAAGGGAGACAAAAACGAGGCCGGCUUGUAAGUAACGCAUAAUGUAUUGCCGGGCUUAUACAGUCUUGUUAUUAUAUUUGUCUGAAUUGCUGGCACAAAUGAAUUUUAGAAUGCAUCAUCUACUUUUUUUUAAAAAUAAAUGUGGUCUGAUCAGUUAUUAUAAAUGUCAAAUUAAAGUAUUUUUUUUACAUGAAUAGCAUUCUACGUGACCAUAAAGUAUGAGCAUUUUGGAAGAUCAUGUUCAUGGGAGGACCCAAAAUCUACAUGUACCGUAUAAUUCAAUCGUAAUACUCUUAUCAUAUUUCAUUCAAUCAAAGUAGAUAAAGAGCCGGCCGGAAUCUCAAGAAAAUCCUAACCGUCAACCAUGAUGCUGCAUGAUUUGGACUCUUGGCCUUGCCAAUCAUUAUAAAUAGCACCAUCCAUUAGGCUUCCACAAAUCAAUAGAACCCAUUACACAUCAACUUUUUCGUAUAAUCCACUUUGUUCCGGCUAAAUCUGUAGUACUUGUUAAUCAAUGUUAUGGUUAUGUUUCCGUUUUCUCAAAAGGAGAAAGAGGCAACGCCACGACAAUGGAAGAAGAGAAGCACCACUGGGGCCUCUUCCACCACCACGAAGAGGAGGAUAAAAGCUCGCCUGAUUAUCUUGUGGUGGAUAACACACCCUCAAAUUACGAGGAUAACAUCCCUCCUGAUUAUCUUGUGGUGGAUAACACCCACCCUGAUUUUCGAGAAGGAAGAGAAGAAGCACAAGCAUGAUAAGCACCUCGCUGAGCUUGGUGCCGCAGCAGCUGGAGCCUAUGCCUUGCACGAGAAGCACAUGAAAAAGAAAGACCCAGAGCAUGCUCACCGGCACAAGCUAGGGGAAGAAAUUGGAGCCGCAGCCGGAGCUGGCGGAUAUGUCAUCUAUGAGCACCAUGAGGAGAAAAUGGAUAAGGAAGAAGAGGAAGAGUCCGAUGGAAAGGAGCACCGCCACCUCUUCUAUUUUUUAAUUAAUUAGUAGCUCUAUGUUUAUGUCUUGGAAUUUCUGUUGCUGUUACAUUUGUGUUGGUGAGCGAUUACCACCAUAUAUAAAUAAUUAUGUCUGUGGUCUUUUGUUUGUUUCGUUAAUGGGUCUCUAUGUAUAUAUCUUUGAAAUUAAGCUAGCGCACGUGUAAGAGGGGUUAUAUAGAAUGUCACAAUAAUAUUGUGUGAGUUCUUCGCAUAAUGUCAA